GUAAAGUAACUCGGGGACGCACACGUGCGACAGUCCGAUGGAGGCAGUGGUUUUGUUUGACUAUGAGAAACAGGAAGGCGAUGAGCUGAAUCUCAAGGUUGGAGAGGUCAUUACCAAUGUCACACAGAGCCAGCUUCCGGAGAAUCCACAGAUACAGGUAUACUCAGGUGAGGUGCCUAAGGGCCAGAGAGGCAGGGUAUUGUACGGAUACGAGGCAAAGCGUUCUGAUGAGAUAUCACUGGAGCCCGGACAGUGGUAUGUGUUGUGGGAUGAACUGGUGAACGGAUGUGUCAAUGUCGAAUGGGAGAAACAGAAGGAGACUUCACCAGCUAUGUGCAACUUCUCGACUUCCGACCACCACCACACGCCACCCAGACAAAAGCCACCCUUGUCACACCCACGACCAGCCAGCUUCGGACGAAUCCCAGAUACAGGGCAGCAGGUCAAGAGGCAGGGUAUGUACGGAUUCGAGGCAAAGCGUUCUGGUGAGAUAUCACUGGAGCCCGGACAGAUAGUGGAUGUGUUGUGGGAUGAAGGUGAGGUGCCUAAGGGCCAGAGAAGCAGGGUAUUGUACAGAUUCGAAGCAAAGAGUUCUGAUGAGAUAUCACUGGAGCCCGGACAGAUGUGA